CUUGGGGUUGCGAUGCCACACGCCCGGGUGCAACGGGUGAGAACCAAGGAAGCCCCGCGCGACUUGCGGGGUACAUUCAGCGCCCGGCUGCGGAGAAGAUCCCUGCGGACCUCUUGGUGGGACCUCCAGAUUGCGGCGUCUCCGUCAGAGCUUGAGGCAGUCUCAGGACAGACCCCCUCCUCGGUUUUCACUGUCCUUUCCCGGCCUGGGAGGAGGACAUAUGCGCAUGCGUGAGUUGUAUCUUCAGAACUGUCUACAUACAAAGCACAAAAUGAACAAGACUGGACAGAAAUUCCACGGAUCAGUGUCAUUUAAGGACGUGACUGUAGACUUUACUCCCGAGGAGUGGGGCCACCUUGAUGGUGCUCAGCGGUCUCUGUACAGGGACGUGAUGCUCGAAAACUACAGCCACCUUGUCUCAGUGGGGUAUUAUGUGAGCCAGCCCGAGGUGAUCUUCAAACUGGAGCAAGGGGCAGAGCCAUGGACAUUGAAGGAAGAAUUUCCAAGUCAGAACUUCCCAGACCUUUGGAAUGCUGACCAUUUGAAGGACAGGAGUCAGGAAAAUCCAUCUAAACAUUUGUGGGAAGUUGUAUUCAUUAAUAACAAAAGGUUGACUCAGGAGAAAGGCCAUAUAAUAGGAAAACCAUUUAACUUGGACAUCAAUUCAUUUUCUCCCACAAAAGUAUUCUGUCAUUGUGAUUCUUAUGGGAUGAGUUUCAACAGAAUUUCAGAAUUGAUUUUUAGUAGGACUACCUACUUAAAGAAUGAACCUGAUGAAUUUAAUGCCUGUGGAAAAUUGCUACUCAAAAUUAAACACGAGGAAACUCACUGUAAGGAGAGAAGUGAAGUUUUAAAAAACAGGACUUCUAGCUCUCACCAUGAGGCUCCUAUUCAGCACGAAAAGAUUCAGACUUUAGGACAUAUUUUUGAAUAUAAUGUAAGUCAGGAAGCAUUCCUGGAAAAGACAUUGUUCAACCCACAUACAAAUGAAAACAGAGAUGAGCUGGACCAUGCCAGCUCUGAACAUGGGCGACCUCCCUCUAAUGCCUCAUCCCUCCUAUACCCUGAGGUCGUGUCCUCUGAGGAGAAUCUCUGGAAAUCUAUCUCUCUCAAACAUGGUGGCAUUCUUAAGACACACUGUGAAUAUAGUGAAAGUGGAAAUCAUUUCAAGAGCAAGUUAUGUCUCUCACAACCUCAGACAACUCAUAAAGGAGAGAAGCACUUUAAGUGUCCUGACUGUGGGAAAGGUUUCUUGGAAAAGUCAUAUCUCACAAGGCAUCAUAGGGUGCACACAGGAGAGAAACACUUUGGAUGUAAGGAAUGUGGGAAAACUUUCUGGGAGAAAUCAAACCUCAUGAAACAUCAGCAGUCACACGUAGGAGAAAAGACAUAUGAAUGUAAUCAGUGCAGUAAAGCCUUUAGCCACAAGUCAGCCCUCAUAUUACACCAGAGGAUGCAUACAGGGGAGAAACCCAAUCGGUGCACUGCAUGUGUGAAAAUGUCUUACCAGAAGUCAGACCUCACUAAGCAUCAGAGAACCCACACUGGGCUAAAACCCUAUGAAUGCAAUGAAUGUGGGAAAUCCUUUUGUAUGAAUUCACACCUUACAGUUCAUCAGAGAACACAUACUGGGGAGAAACCCUUUGCGUGUCUGGAAUGUGGGAAAUCUUUUUGUCAAAAGUCACACCUCACGCAGCCUCAGAGAACUCACAUAGGUGAUAAGCCUUACACAUGUGAUAUCUGUGGGAAAGCUUUCUACCACAAGUCAGUACUCAGAAGACAUCAAGUAAUUCACACAGGAUUGAAACCUUAUAAAUGUUAUGAGUGUGGGAAAACCUUUUGCUUAAAUUCAGACCUCACAGUGCAUCAGAGAACUCACACAGGGGAGAAACCUUUUAUAUGUCCCGAAUGUGGGAAAUUCUUCAGCCAUAAGUCAACCCUCUCGCAGCAUUAUAGAACACACACCGGGGAAAGACCUUAUGAAUGUCUUCAAUGUGGAAAAAUCUUUUACAAUAAGUCCUACCUAACUAAACAUAACAGAACCCAUACUGGAGAGAAACCGUAUGAAUGCAAUGAAUGUGGAAAGUCUUUCUGCCAGAAGUCACAGCUCACACAGCAUCAGAGAAUUCACCUUGGGGAGAAGCCCUAUGCAUGUACUCAAUGUGGAAGAGCUUUCUGCCAUAAGUCUGCUCUAACUGUGCAUCAGAGGACCCACAUAGAAGAAAAGCCCUACAAGUGCAAUGAAUGUGAGAAAUCUUUCUGUGUAAAGUCAGGACUAAUUUUACAUCAGAGAAAACACACAGGGGAGAAACCUUAUGAAUGCAUUGAAUGUGGGAAAUCCUUCAGUCACAAAUCAUCCCUCACAGUACAUCAUAGGACUCACACAGGUGAGAAAUCUUGCCAAUGUAACGAAUGUGGGAAAAUCUUUUACCGUAAAUCAGACCUUGUAAAACAUCAGAGAUCGCACACAGGUGAGAAGCCCUAUGAAUGUAACACAUGUAGGAAAACCUUUUCUCAAAAGUCAAACCUCAGUGUCCAUCAGAGAAUACACACAAGAUCAAUCUGAUGAAUGAAAUGGAUAUUAGACAUGAAUAGCCACAGAUUAAUCCACUCUACACAUUAGCAUGCACACAUUGGAGAAAGUUCUGCUGCCAUCUCAAAUAUUUAAUAUCUUUCUGGACUGAAUAUAUCUUAUGCCAGUGAUAGAGUAUAAACCAUAGAUUUCAACAACUUCUCCAACAGCCUAAAUGACAUCCUAAAUUAAUGCUGAUAUAUAACUUUACAGACUUAUUUUUCAUUGAGGAGGAACAAACCCAGGGCUAGCUCUGAGUGCCCUUCUACUAAAUCCCCAACCCCAAAACCUUACAGAUGUUUUAAAUUUGUAAACAUUUUUAGGAAAACACAUGAUGUCAAACCAUAUAUAGAGAAAUGUCAAAUUAUGAAAUUUAAUCUGAAACUUUUGUAGUAUUAUACAUCAUGGUUUAGGUAUGUUGCCAGAAAUGUUUUUAGAAAACAUAAGUAGUAAUUGACAGCUAUAUGUUUUGAAAUAUAAAUCUUUAGAAACUUCUAUAAAGUAAUAAAAGUAUAGAUUUAUAAGCACGUGGUAAGAAUACAGAGUUCUCAUGCACUCUUCAACCUUAUUCUAAUGAUGUCUUACAUAACUGUGUUAUGAAAUAUAAGAAAUUGUUAUUAUGCAAUCUCAAAUAUAGACUUUCUUCAAAUUUA